CCUUCACACAUGGCCGUGUCCAGUCACGCACACAAACCCAUCUCGUCAGCGCGCACGCACGGCCCCGCCUCGGCUUAUAUACCAGCACGUACGUGCGCGUAGGGGUGGAAUUUUUUUUAGCUCGUCUCUCGAUCGAUCGAUCGAUCGCCAUGACGCUUACGAGGCACGAAGCGGAGGACAGAAGGGAGAUGGAGGGGCUCCGGGCGGACGCCGUCGCGCGGCUCUCGCUGUCGUCGUCGCCUGAGUCUUCUUCUUCGGCGGCGGCCGGCGGCGACAGGCCGUCGUCGUCGUCUGCCGCGAGCAGGAAGGCCAUGGCGGCGGAGGGCGUGUUCGAGUGCAAGACGUGCAGCAGGCGCUUCGCCUCGUUCCAGGCGCUCGGCGGGCACCGGACCAGCCACACGCGGCUGCAGGCGCGGAUGCUCAGCGACCCGGCGGGCGCGGCGGCGGCCGCCGAGAGGGACAGGGCGCGGGUGCACGAGUGCGCCGUCUGCGGGCUCGAGUUCUCCAUGGGCCAGGCGCUCGGCGGGCACAUGCGCCGCCACAGGGGGGAGGCGCCGCCAGCCUCGCACGACGGCGCCGCGCAGUCGGGGCAGGCCAUGCCGGACCUCAACUUGCCGCCGUUGGAGGACGGCGACGGCGGCCAAGAUCAACAACAAUCGGCUGAUCGGAGCUCGGAGCCUCAGCUGCUCAACCUGCUUGUAUAGCUAGCCUAGCGUGCACAGCAUAUUACAUAUGUGCAUGGUGAUUCUAUGGUGUACAGUACAUGAGUGGUGAUUAAAUUUUCGGAACCUGAAAUGACAUGAAAUUAUACAUUAACUGUAGCUUCGUUUCAUAGGUUAAGUCCUUCUUAAUUCGGUAGGUUUUCCUUUUGUAAAGCUGUUUGUCGACUGUAAUUCGUUUGUUGUAAGUAAAAUUGUCCAUAUAUUAUCUGACAGCUUGCUGCCUCAAUUAGUGGUUCGGUGGAGAUUGUUAAUUGUACGAGUCUAUCAUUCAGUUUUCCUAAAAAGAGGUGGAAGUGUU